AUGGCAGCACACGUGUUUCACGUCCGGGAAGUACGAGAGAACGGCGCCGGGGAACAGCCCGGGGGGAUAUGGAGUAGGGAUUCCGGUUUCUACCUCCAGCUCCUGGCGUCACCCCUGGUGUCGCGAUCUUCAUCCCGGAGGGACCUUGAGGAAAUUCCGGACAUCGAGCUCGAGGACGACCAGCCAAUGGCGGAGACGGAGGGCGUGGCCGAGGUCAUCACCGAGGAUCCGGUGGAUAUGAGACGAUUUAUGGAGGCACGAGUCGCCACCCUGCGGCGUUUCCAGCAGAUGGUGGACGCGCGAAAGGUCGCCGACGCCGAGGCCGCAUGGCAGGAGCGUUUGGCUCGGCUGCAAGAGGAGGAGGAAGCACUGUGGGCACCAGCCACGGAGCAGCCGGAGCCCACGCAGCCACUGGCAAGACAGCUACCGCCGACACCGCAGCCACCAUUGCCGUUGACGCCGCCGCCGACUCGACCACCGCCGCCGCAGCCGCCGUUGCCGUUGACGGCGACGCGGUCACCGCCACCGACACCACCACGGAUGACGGCGACGCAGUCACCGCCACCGACACCACCACGGAUGACGCCAGCGCAGGAGUUACCACCCCACCCCCUAAACCCCCACGCCUCUAAACAAAUCGUCGGACACUCAACCGGGAAGACGGCAACUGGAACACCGCAUCCGGCCGAAUGCUGACAUUCCGGCCGAAUGCUGACAUUGCACAAAAGUCGCACUGCAACAUUGUCCCCAGCUAGCCAGCCACAUGCCGAGUCGGCAUGUUCAUUAUGCUUACAAUUAAGAACCUAUGUACUUAUGUAUAAGAUGGAAACGGA